AUGACAGAAGAGUCAGAGCUUCUUACAGGCCAGAUCAUUGAUGGGUUUCAAGUGCUUAAUCUCAUUGGGCAGGGAGGAUUCGGAAAUAUCUAUAUGGUUUCUGAAAUAAGCACACAAACAAAUUUUGCAAUGAAAACUGAAUGGUUAAAUGCUGAACACAGAGGUAUUGCACGCGAAGCAUCAAUUCUCUCGAGAUUGCAAGGCUCUCCAAUGUUUCCUAGAAUUAAAAAAAUCGGAGAGACAGAAAAAUUUCGUUACUUUAUUAUGGAACUUCUAGGACAUUCAUUAUCAAAAAUUAAACAUGAAUAUCCAAAUAAGAGACUAUCAGUCCAACUUGCGUUACGUUGUGGCAUACAAAUGCUAAAAUGUAUCGAACAAUUACACAAACAUGGCUUUAUUCAUAGAGAUAUCAAACCAGGCAACUUCUUAGUACGAUCAGAUAAUAUUUACGCACUAGUUCUCAUUGAUUUUGGACUAGCUUGCUCAUAUGUCGACACAGAAUCUGGAGUUCAUCUUCCUCCACGAACUGAGCGCGCUUUUGGUGGAACAUCAAGAUACGCAUCAUUAGCAGCUCUCAGAGGUGAAGAUGUUUCCAGGAAGGAUGACUUAAUCUCAUGGUUCUUUUCAGUUGUUGAGUUAGCAACAGGAAAUCUCCCUUGGAAAAGAUGCACAGGAAAGGAAGAGUCGCUUAAACAAAGGAAAGGAGUUCGCCCAAAGGAUAUUUGUAAUUAUCUUCCAAAAGAAAUGACAAAAAUUUACAAUAAUAUUAUUAAACUCAAAUUUGAAGAAACUCCAGACUACGCUUUGAUCUACGACUUGCUAAAAACAAGUAUUAAUAAGAUUGCUCCUGAAAGCAAGAACUCUCUUUGCGUAGAUUUACUUGGAGAAGAAGAAAUCGCAAAAAUGUCUAAAAGUAAGUUAGAGAAGAUGUCAAGUUUCAGCAAUAUUGUUGACAUUAGUUGCUCUGAUAAUUCAUUAUCAAAAAGGAGAACUUCUUUCAUCGACUCUGAUAUUUCUUGUGAUCUUAAUUGCAGAAUAUGCUGA